UUGGCUUUCUUCUAAAACUUCCAUAUUCCCAUCUUCACUUGCACCCUCUCUGGCAACAUUAGCAAGGGAAGAAAGCUACAAGAAGAAAGGGAAAAACAGAGAGAGAUCUAGAGAGAGAGAGAGAGAGAGAGAAUAAAAAAAUAUUGUGAGAUCAGAAAGGAGAACAUUUGGACGUGAAUUUGGUGGGAAAAUAUGAGCAGCAUUUUGGAGUCCGUUGAGCGUGACAAGUAUAGCAUGAUUAACUUUGAGGAGACGGAGUUACGCCUAGGGUUACCUGGUGGAGGUGGAAAUGAUGGUGAGGCAGCCAAGAAUGGUGGGAAGAGAGGGUUUUCAGAAACCGUUGAUUUGAAGCUCAAUCUAUCUUCCAAGGAGUCUGUGAAGAAUAAUGAAGUUGAUGAGAAGAUGAAGAAGAAGAGUGUUGUACCUCAGCCAUCGUCUAAUGAUCCUGCAAAGCCACCAGCCAAGGAACAGGUUGUGGGUUGGCCACCAGUCCGAUCAUUCCGAAGGAAUAUCGUGGCCGUGCAGAAGAACAGUAACGACGAAGCCGAAAAGGUGGGUUGGCCACCUGUCCGAUCGUUCCGAAGGAAUAUCGUGGCCGUCCAGAAGAACAGUAACGACGAUGCCGAAAAGGCUAGCAGCAGUGCAGCCUUUGUUAAGGUUAGCAUGGAUGGCGCACCCUAUCUACGUAAGGUGGACUUGAAGCUGUACAAGAGCUACCCGGAACUCUCUGAUGCCCUAGGGAAAAUGUUCAGCUCCUUUACCAUUGGGAAUUGUGGGUCACAAGGGAUGAAGGAUUUCAUGAACGAGAGCAAAUUGAUAGACCUCUUGAAUGGUUCCGAGUACGUGCCAACUUACGAGGACAAGGACGGAGAUUGGAUGCUUGUAGGCGAUGUGCCAUGGGAGAUGUUUGUUGAUUCAUGCAAGCGCUUGCGGAUAAUGAAAGGAUCUGAAGCAAUUGGACUUGCACCGAGAGCGGUGGAGAAAUGCAAGAACAGAAGCUGAAAGAAGUGUUUUCAGAGUUGUGUCUAUGGUUGAAAGAAAAGCAGACCGGCUCGAGAGCGGUCGAGCAGGGGGUUUGGAUGUACUGUCUGUACCAAUGUUUUUUUGUUUUUUGUUUUUUUUUCUUAAUAUUUAGAAGCAUAAGAGAGACAUAUUGGAGAUUUGUUAGGAACAAGAAGCAAUAAUAUGGACGAUGUUUAUAAGACCUUGCUCAUGUUCAUGUGUAAGCUUUUUUCUUUUUUUCUUUUUUUUUUUUAAUUGUCAAUGGCUUGUCUAAUAAAAAUGUCAACGUUUCUUGUUGUCA